AUGCAUCUGGAUGUAGCUGUUGACAUUCUCAAGAAGGCUGAAACCUCCCUUGUUAGCUACAGAGACACUGGGUUUGCUGAUGCCCAGACAUUUGCCAAAGAGAUAUGUGAGGAGAUGAAUGUGGAAGCUGCUCUAAAGCAGAAAAGACUCAGAACUACUAAAAGGCAGUUUUCCUAUGAGGCCCCUGAUGAACCUAUUACCGAUGCCUUGAAAAAAAUGGAGUUUUCAUUUUUCAAUGUAGUUGUGGAUAUGGCCAUUGAAUCUCUGAGAGAGAAAACUGGAAUGAUGAGUGAUGUUGCAAAGAAAUUCAGUGUUCUCAUAAACUUCUCUGACCUGACAUCUAGUGAGCUAGAAAAGCAGGCAAAAGAUUUGUGUAAUACACUCACAUCUGGGGAUCAUUUUGAUUUAAAUUAUGAUGAACUGAUUGUAGAGAUGCAGUCAUUUCCAAAACAAUGGCCAAAACAAAAUAUGACAACAUUAGACCUUCUGGUUUUUCUGGAGGAGAAAGGCCUGAAAGAGAUCUAUCCAAACAUGUGGGUGGCAUUAAGAAUUGCUGUCACUACACCUGUGACUGUGGCAUCUGCAGAGAGAAGCUUCUCUAAACUUAAGCUCAUUAAAACAUAUUUAAGGUCUACUAUGACACAGGAGCGCCUAAAUGGGCUGGCAAUAAUUAGUAUUAAUAGAGAAAUAUCCAAACAGAUUUCGGACAUUGAGCCCUCACCUGAUCCUGACAUUACAGUGUACCGUGAAGAUGACGGUUUGUUUGGUUUUUAUGAAUGA